UCCUUACUCACAAUAUUGUCAGCUUUCUCCACCGCCAUGGCCCAUGACUCUGAAUUCGACAAUGCUCUUGUUACGCUCUCCCCUUUUUCUCCUCACUCGGCUUCCAAAUCCAAUUACCUGGGUGAACAGAGAAAAGGGUCGUUGGUGACAACAAAAAGCCCGUGGGCUUAUGCUAAUGUCAAUGGCAGUGAAAACAUGAAAACAAAGGUUGGUUGGACAAUGGUGAAAGAGAGUGAAUUUUCACAUUCACCAACGAACAACGCUCAGAAUAUAAUGAGAGCGAGUCAGAUUGUGAGAGCCCAACUCCUCCAUGCAGCAGCAGCAUCGAGUGGGGCCCAUUCACCCACACCUUCCAACGACGUCGUUGUGGACACGGAGGAGAAGAAGAAAGCGAGAGAGAUGCUGCAAGCACAACUUCUCCGGGCAUCAGCAUCCACUCUUAACAACGACGUCGUAUCUAUGGAUACAUUGAGGAGACAACAACUCUUGUGUGCAUCAACGAUGAAGGAGCGUUUAAUACCCUCACUCAAAAAUCACCGUUUUAAUCACAACGAUUAUGCUUUUGAUAAAAACACUAACCGUUCUCAUUUCUCUCAGUCACAGCCAAUGAGCGAUGUUGAUGAAGGCAUUGAAAUCUUUUGUUUUGGCAGUGACAAAACGUUGCAGAAGGCAACUGUUACUGACAUAAGUAGUGAAGCAGUUAACGAGGUUGAGGUUAUUUCGGACAAUGAAUACGAUGGUCGAAUCCAUAGCUUUCCGUACAAGAAGAAUGGACCGUACACGUGUCCUAAGUGCAGUCACGUGUUUGGCACCUCGCAGCGGUUUGCAGCUCACGUGAGUUCGAGUCAUUACAAGUAUGAGAGCAAGGCGCAGAGAAAGAAGAGAUUGAUGGCCAAAAUUCGAGGGAAAAGUUUUCAACUUCAUCGUGUAAACGAUGGACUCACUUUUGUUCCUGUUCCUUCUUCUAAGGUUGUUGCUGCAGGGAACAACAGUAACCAUGGUGGUGCUAUGGUGAAGGUUGAGGCUGUAGAAGUAGGAGCUGUUGAGGUGGCUUCUCCUCUUCCUGGAAAGGAAUUAGGUGUCAAAAUCAAAUUGGAACCUGUAGAUUCAUGAGUCAAGUUAUGUGUCAUUGAAUAGCUGGGGUUAAUCUUCAGGGUUUAGUUUCUUAUCAGUAUUAAAUUGUUAUUCAAUGUGUUAGUCUUUUCUUUAUCCAUUUGU